AAUGUCGUGACGUGACCAAAGGGGCGGUCUUGAAACGGGUUGGAUCGCACAGGUGACUGUCGCCGUCUUGUCGGAUCGGGACAAACAUGGGCAAAAUUGAAUUAUUUCAGAUCACAUUUGACAACAGUAAAGAACUUUACACUCCUGGCGAGUCUAUCACGGGAGCCGUGACGAUCAAGGCGGGCCAAAAGCUUCUAUGUAAAGCUGUUAAGGUGAACUGCAAUGGUUUCUGUGGCAUCACCAAUAAAGUAAAUGAAACAACAUGGACCGAGGAGGAACAGUACUUCAACAAUACUGUGUCUGUGGCAGACAAAGGAACUCUGAAACAAGGACUUCACACUUUUCCGUUCAAGUUUCUUAUUCCAGAAUCUGCGCCAACAUCGUUCGAGGGCAACUAUGGCAGAAUAGUUUACAGAAUAAGAGCUUUUGUUGACACGCCACGCUUUUCCAAAGAUUACAGCACAGCAAAAGAAUUCUAUCUAUUGGACCCUCUCAACUUAAACAAAAUUUCAGACAUAUGGGGUCCCUGCUCCUCUUCAGUCAUCCAGGAAUUCAGCUACAUGCUAUUAAAAACGGGCACAGUGACACUGAAAGCCCAGAUUGACAAGAAGGGUUACACACCAGGCCAGAUUAUUCAACUGUCCGCUGUCGUCCACAAUAAAUCAGAGAAGAGAACAAGCAAUAUAAAGGCCUCUCUGGAGCAGAGAGUGACCUAUCAGACAAAAAAAACCACCCAUGACGUGAGGGUCAUUGCAGAGUUGGAGGGGGGACAAGUUAAGGCUGGCAAGGAGAUAGAGUGGAAGGAGCAGAUCAUUGUUCCUCCUCUUCCGCAGUCAUCCCUUGUUGGGUGCGACCUCAUAAAGAUUGAAUACUAUGUUAAAAAGUCUGCUGGGAAGAGAACCAAUUUGGUCUUGACAGACAUGGACACUUCAGUGUCACCUGAGGUCACAGAGAUUUGUGUUAAAGAUGAAAAGAGAGCCGUCGUCAUCUCCACUAAACCUCACUCAGCUAUGAAGAAGAAGAAAAGGAAAAUGGGACUCUACAACUUUGUCUCUAAAAAGAAAGCAAAGCCUUUGAAACACCUGAAAAAUUACGAUGCUGUGCAGAUGAGCCAUUUUGGAGAAGAUGAGAUUACAAAAUCAGGAGACACCUCAAGUAUGAGACGUGAAUCUUUGACUGAAGCCCAAUCUGGGGAAGCAAACAAUUUUGAAUACACAGAGCUGAAUUUAGACUGUCUUGGUCUGAAAAGUCAGGAAGAGCUGAUUUUACCUUACUCAACAGACCUUGCUGAGGUGACAGACUUAGACCUGUCUGAGGAGUUACCAUUGUGCUGCUGUCGUAUGGAGACUCCUCCCUGUGGAGGCAGAUUGUCCGAACAGGAUCAGACCUGUAUGGCCGUGGAGAGCAUAGACGGAAUGCUGAAUCAUUGUCAGAGACAUGUGAUGCAGCGUGAAAAGAUGAGGCCUUCCAAUUUAGUCCAUUUGCUGGUUUUGUGUGAGAAUCACAGGGCCAGCAUGGUUAAACACCAAUGCUGCCCCGGCUGUGGACUCUUCUGUAGUGUGGGUACCUUCAUGGAGUGCCAGCCUCAUGGUAACAUUUCACACCGCUUUCACAGAGAUUGCGCCUCUGUUAUAAAGAAUCGCAGGUUUUGUCCUCACUGUGGAGAGGAUGCCAGUCGGGCGAAAGAGGUCACAAUGCCCUCAUUCUCCCUUCAAUGGUCAAACAAGGAACCAUCACCUACAUCUCCUCUGCCAAGACCUGCUACACAGAUGCUCAGGGCUAAAAAGACUUGCGAGCCACAAAAGAGCAGAGAGCUGAACUUCAGCAGUGUUUCUGCAGGCAGAAGUUCUAACAUAUCACUAGAGCGUAUACUGAUGGGACUAGAUGAUGAAAACCUGAAAUCAACAAAAGUAAAUUACCCGACUGGACAGCUCUACAUUUCUGCAGAAGAAGGAGAGCUCCAGAGGGUCAUUCAUCUAUUAGUUGAUGGAAAGGAUCCCAACUGUCUGAUGGAUAACCAAAACAAGCGAACACCCUUACAUGCUGCUGCAACUGAAGGGCAUGAAGAAAUUUGCCAUAUGCUAAUUCAGGGUGGAGCCAACCUGGAGAUGCUUGAUGAAGCGCAGAGAACACCCCUGAUGGCAGCUUGUGAAGAUAACCAUUUAGAGACAGUAAAGUACCUGAUUAGGGCUGGAGCAUCUAUAAACCACAAGGAUGUAAUGGGUUUCACCUGUCUGCAUCUGGCUUCUAAACUGGGACAUUAUGGCAUCGUGCAACAUCUGCUCACCAGGUCAUCCAAGUGCAUCAACUGUCAGGAUGAUGGAGGAUGGACACCCAUCACCUGGGCAAUUGAGCACAAGCACAAGAAGGUAUUCUACCUGUUGCUCGAAAACGGGGCAGACGUUAACAUCAGAGAUAAGGAACAGAACGUCUGCUUGCAUUGGGCAGCUUUGUCGGGGUGUGCUCGUCUCACCCAGGCUUUGCUGGAUGCACAUUGUGACCAAAAUGCUGCCAAUGCUCAUGGAGACCUCCCAAUUCAUGUUGCUGCUAGAGAAAACCAUCUAGAAUGUGUAAUGUUGUUUUUGUCUAAUGGAGUUGUCCUGAAUCACAAGAACAAAGAAGGACAAACUGCUUUGGAGUGUUGCAUCAAUGGCUCAAAGGUGAAAUCCAUCUGCUAUGAGAUCCUUCUGGAGUUUUUUAAGGCUCAGUAUCGUGUGGGUGUUUCCUGGUUGACAUGCCUCUGCAACAUCACAUGGACAUUGGGGACAUUGCCUCCGGAUUGGGACAUUUCUCGGGGGUAUGAGACAGUUCCCGUAAACUGUGUUAAUGGGAUUGACAAUGAACCAUAUCCUGGAAACUUCAAAUACAUACCAGACAACUGUGUCACUUCCCCAGUAAAUGUCAGCAAGGACAUAACUCACCUGCGGCAUUGCAGUUGCACAGAUGACUGCUCAUCCAGUACCUGCACUUGUGGUCAGCUCAGUCUGCAAUCUUCGUAUGAUAGUGAUGGCCGCCUGUUACUGGAUUUUACUCAGCAAGAUCCUCCAGUGCUCUUUGAGUGUAACCAUGCUUGCUCAUGUUGGAGGACCUGCAAGAACAGAGUUGUUCAAAAUGGACUGAGAGUCCGACUUCAGCUCUUCAAAACUGAGAAAAUGGGCUGGGGAGUGAGACUCAUGCAGGAUGUUCCACGGGGGACAUUUAUUUGCGAGUAUGUUGGUGAGAUUAUAACUGACACAGAAGCUGACACAAGAGAGAAUGAUUCUUUUCUCUUUACACUAAACGAUAAGGUAGAUGACAUACAUUGCAUUGAUGCAAGACUUUUUGGUAACAUUGGCCGCUUCAUUAACCAUUUAUGUGAGCCCAACCUAUUGGCCCUGAAGGUAUUCACCAUGCAUCAAGAUUUGCGGUUUCCAAGGAUUGCUUUCUUCUCCAGCAGAACCAUUAAAGCUGGUGACCAAAUCGGGUUUGACUACGGUGAGCACUACUGGAUGGUGAAGAGUAAAUAUUUCAACUGCGAGUGUGGUUCACCGAAGUGUCGGUACUAUUCUGGAAGAUGAAAGAUUGACGACCACAUUGUAAUAUAACCAGAGUUUUAUUUCUGUCCGUUUCUGUACAUAUGAAAUGUACCAAUUUCCAUAUUGCUGGCGUCAGGCCUAAGCCUCCUAUGUCAAGUUAGCAAAUUUCACAUUUUUGUCACAAAUCUAUACUAUUGGUGUGUGUGUGUGUGUGUGUGCGUGCGUGCGUGCGUGCGUGUGUGUGUGUGCGUGCGUGUGUGUGUGUGUGUGUGUGUGUGCGUGCUGUUUUUUUUAUACAAAUAAUAGAGCUGUGCACAAAUGGGUAGUGAUUCGUUCACCCGUCCGGCAAAUCAAUAAUGGAAUUUAUAUGAUGUCGUUGCAUUUUGUUUCCAAGGUUUCUGUACUGCAAGUCCGCUUAUGACACAAACUUAAAGCACCAGUUGACAGAUCUUAAGAUGUGUAGAAACUGUACACAUGAAAUCAUACCUGAUGUAUUUAAUCUACUAUAAUUUUUUUCGUCGCAUCCAGCAAGUCUUCUCUGGUGAUUUAAUGUAAAGCAAACAAAUGCGCGUUGAUCCUAUUCCCUCACCCCCUACCCUACCCUGGUUGUUAGUCUAAACACCAACACACAAGAAGGUGCCGAUUUGCCCCAAACAUUUUAAAAUGCUAACAGGAAAAAGGAACCUUAACAUGAAUGAUUCAGGCAGGCAGCCUGAAUAGACAUCAGUAGAUUGAGCCUUUACUGCGGUGUUGAAGAGGGAGUCCUGCAAUGGUGUCUUUGUUAAAGUCCAGGUUAUAAAAUGACACGUGGCCUGAAUCAUAGCGACAUGUCUGAUGUAACAACCCAAUGCGUGUCAAUAUUGCUAAAAAAUUCAAUGAGUUAUGAUGAAGUAAGCCAAACAUAAACACUCUUGCUGUUGUCUUAUUUCUGAUCAUGGCCACGAGCUAUUUUUUUUCAAAUAAUUGAAUGUCUGGCUUUGUAAUUAUUUUUGGGCAGCAUAUGGUGUGGAUAAAGUGCUAUAUAACUGCAAUUGCUAUUUAGGACAUAUUUUAUUUAUUUUCUAGAAAAUACGUUGCCAAGAACCCCUACCCCCGCUGAGUCCAGGCCCUACAGUAUAGUGUUGAAAAUGGCUUGUUCUCUUUGAUGAUGCAGGUUAUUACCAGAGGCCAGCAAUGUUUAAGAUAAUAAAAACGGUUUUGUUCAUGUUUUUAUGUAUAUUUGACUUUUCUAGUUAGACAUGAUGAAUUGUCCUGAAAACAUAAGCAUCCAGGAAAGUGUUCUCAGUGCUUCAUUUUUUUCACAUUAAAUGGACCUUGAAUGGAA